CACCUAUUUAUGUCCACCCGUGGGGGUAAACACGACUAUAUAUACUGCGAUUACUUAAAGUUUUGCAUACACAUUCGCAGCCGCAUUAAGCAUUUAGCAGUUCACCGGGUAGUCACAUCUGCAAAACACACUCAACCGACAAUGCAAGGACCUAAGACCGUGAGUUUCCUGUGCCUGGCUUUUGCCUGCUUAGCGCACGCCGCUGUACUCAGCGAGCCAUCCGCACCAGCUCAAUACGACUUCAGCUACGCGGUCAACGAUCCGACCACCGGUGACCAAAAAGACCAACAGGAAACGAGAAACGGCGACGACGUUACCGGUUACUACCGCACCGUGGACUCUGACGGUUUCCUGCGCACAGUCAGGUACAAGGCCGAUGCCGUCAACGGAUUCACCGCCGAAGUCGUCCGAGAACCAGUCAGUGGCGCAGCCCUGCCAGUCGUCGCAAAGGCCGCCACUGUGAUCAAACCGGCCGUCGUCCCGGUGAUCGCCCCCGCCGUCACACCCACCCCUUACGUCCCGUACGUUGCACCAGUGGCACCUUACUACAGCGGUUACCCGUACAACUACCAGCCGUACUCGUACGGUUACCAACAGUACCCGUACAGCGGUGCCUACUCUCCAUACUCGUACAGCGGUGCCUACUCUCCGUACUCAUACGGUCAAUACAGUUACCCGUUCGUCCGCAAGUAAAUGUAAUAUGUCCAAAAAACGGGUGCCGCCACGUGUGUACAUAACUCGGCGCUUGUCCCGCAAAAUGUCGCUCCUGCAUCGUGUUUCGCCAGCAGCGACGAGUUGAACAUAUAAAAUAAUAUUAAUUUCUUCGAUAUUGUAUUUUCAUCUGUUUAAAAUUUGUAUCUAUCUUUAUUAUGUAUACUUACGAUAAUAUUAUGUAAGCAAAAAUAAUCACAGUGAUCAAUAAAGUGUACGUGUAAGUACGUUUGUUUCUUCUAUAAA